AUGGAAGCAGAUACUCUCAAAGAUGAAGACCAUAUGGCUGAGUGGACUGCCAAUGAUCCAGCAAGACUGGUGCCACCUCCUAGCAAAAUCACUGAGAAGGCCAUGUGCUUUUUGGCCCCGGGCCAGAUAAACAGCACAAAUGGCUCAUUCAAUGAGCAGUUUACACCUUUCUGCUACUCAGCGGACAGCAGUAUGAUGGGCAGUAAUGGCAGCUCAUCAGAUAACAGGUUCCAUGGCCAAGCUUUUCAGGAUGCAAAGCAACUCAAUUAUUUGGCCAACUCUGCUCUUUUUCCUCAUUUGUUGGGAUCCAGCAUAACUCAGACUGGAAUUGUCCAGGCCAGUAAAAGUAGUGACUUGGAAACACUCCGUCCUGUUGCUGCUGCUCCUGCUCCUCAGAUAAGUCAGGAACCCACAUGCUACAGAAACAUGGAACAGAGCCCAGGGCAGCAGGAAAUUGUGAUGAUGGAACAGAUGGAGCAGCUGCAAAGGCUGGUAACUGAACAACAGAAAAUCAUCACAUACUAUAACCCAGGCUUUUCAGUCUAUCCCGGCACCCCUUCCCAGCUCGUUGCCAUGGUGCCAACACUUCCAAGAUUUCCUGCCACUUUGUUUCCUGUCCAGCUCCCUUUGGAAAACUCUUCACCAGUCCAGAACCACGGACAUUUACAAACCAGUCCAUCAAUAACGCAGACUUCCCUUCAGAGACAUUCCCCAGCGUCCUCACCCAACAAUAGCUGCUCAGAAACCUUAGGGGAGCGCCUGCAACCUCCAAGUCCAGGGAAAGAGAUCGAGUCAUUAUCUCAAAGUGCUGGAAGCCCCACAAGAAAACUUUCCAGACAAGAUGCUCAAGAAGAGGAAAUCAUAGCCAGCAAAGAUGAAAGCCCACUAAAGGAAGAGGCUUGUCCUAAUACUCUGCCUGCCAUUAAAGAAGAAGAGGGAGAGCAAACCGAUGAACAGAUUCCCCUUUCCCCUUUUGGCAUAAGGAUGGACGCAAGGACUAGAAACCUGGAAGACAGACCAAUCAGACCAGGAAUUGGUGUAAGACAGAAGACUUUUGAAGAAUUUGUUGAAGAACAACUUAAAGUAGAUUCUCAAAUAACAGAAAACCACCAGCAGAACUUCUGUGAGGCUAAAGUGACCCCUCGGAAAUCUUUCCUGAAACGUGGAGAAGGCAUUGCAAGGCUGGAAAAAAAUAAAGAGAACCUUGUGAAAGAACAAGCCAAACAUCCCAGAAGAGUUAGCUUUGAUUGCCAGAAUCUCUUCUCUUUGCCUCGCCAACAGGAUGCAGGAAAAUUACAGCUGGGGAAACAUUUAAAUCGUUUACAUCGACGGGCCAGCAGCCCCACGGUGUUGCUCUCUAAUGAGAAGAAUACAAAUUGCACUGUCUCCUUGAGUGAAAUAAAGGCUCAGGUUGACAGUAAGGCAAGAGAUCCUGAGCAAUGCCCAGAAGAAAGAGGAGAAGGAGGUGGUGGAGAAGAGUGUGCAAAGGAGGAUCCUGCUGUACCACUGCAGAUGAACUGGGCUGAACUCCUGCAGCAGUGUCAGGAACAAAUUACUGAAAUGAAGCUACAAAUAGGUGAGAAAAAUAAAGCUCAAAGUACUGAUUCUCUAGGACAUUCAGACAAAGCAGACAAAAAUUCCAUGGAGUCUACAGUUCAAAAGGACCUAGAUAUUGUGGAUCAGCGUGUGAGGGGCAAUCUAACUCAGAGAGCAGAAAAGCCCUUGGAAAUCCUUCAAGAAGGUUCUAAGCUUCAGAAUUUAGAAGGAAGCCAAACCAAGCAGAUGGAUUGGAGCACAAGCCUCAAAUUCACACCAGAUGUGAAAGGAAUUAGCAGUUGCCACAAUGAAGAUUACACUGUGAGCAAAAGCCCAGAGACCCAAAGAGGAACCAUCACUGGGUUUAAGAUGGUUAAUGACAGAAUAAUGAAAGUUACCCACAAAUCAACUCAAGGCAUGGACAGGAAAAAGAAUAUCACAUCUGUCAGCCACCAGCAAGAGUGGCAAAGUAAUAGAAGUGCUGCCAACAGGUUGAAUGCUCAACCUUUGUCUAGUGGGUCAGGCUGCACAUCCACUGACAGUGAGGAUGACCCCAAAUCUUACUGCACUCGGUCUCCCACAACGCACAUGCCUCAGAAAGCAGGUCGCACAGACAAAAAUUUGGAUCUCUCUGAUGCUGAUUAUGCUACUGAUGAGCCCAGUGGAGCAGAAGAGCUGGCCCUGAAAAAGCACACCAAGCCACCUCCAAAGAAACUGGGUGCUCAAGAGAUAAAAGGCAAGCAGGAUCUCUCCCUCAGCACAAGCAGCAGUGAGUCUGGUAAUGGGGUUGCCAGGCUGAAAGGAAACAAGGCUUGCUCUUCUCUUCGAAAGUCUCCCUUUCGGUCCCCGAGAUCUGCAAGAGGUGGAAGAGAGCCUGAGCCAAGGAGUGAGAGUAAUGUUGGGGAUGUUAAAAAUGUAGAUCUGCAGUCAUCACCCUCCACAUGUGAUCUGGUGGCCAGCCUAUUCCCUGCGUUCAAAAGUAAAGAAACCCUUGCAGAGGAGAGGGCACAAAGAAAACCAGUUCUGGGUAUGCUAGAAGCAGCUCAGAGAAGGCUUACUGACAAGUUAGAGGAAUUGGAAAAGGAAGUUGGUGUAUAUCAUGGAGAAACCCCUCUUCUAGCGAGGAUGAAAGAAGAACAAGAGAAAGCAAGGCAUUUUCUCAGAACACGAAUGGAUCAGCUUGAGACCAGCAAGGCUCAAGAACUUAAUUGCUUAGAAGAAUAUAAGACAGACCGCAUUCACACACCGCAGAAAGAAAAGGUUGAAUUUAAGAAGUACGCAACAGCAGCUAGAGUCACUUGGGAGGAAGUCAAAUCAGAAGAAAUACAAAUGUUAAAACAGCAGAUUGCAGGGCUCCAGGAGGAGUUCAGGAGAAAUGAGUCCCACUGGCAUGCUGCCCAUGGCAAGCUAAAACAUCAGAUUGAGAUGCUGACCAAACAGAACCUGGAGCUUCGAGAUGAGCUCAGAGUUUCAGAGCAUCAGAGGCUGGAAGCAGAAAAGAAAUCUGGAGCUGUGGAUUUCAUAAGCAGAAAAUCAGAAACCCCGGUUUCAGAAGCUAUUUUGAGAGGGACAUCGUCUCUGGCUAACCUAGAAGAAAGGCCAUUGCGAAGUAGCCAUAAGAGUCACAACACCACUCCGGUGGGGAGGAAAACUCCAGUGGAGAAACACCCCCCCAGAGAUGUGAAUAUGAAAGCAGUGCAAAGGACUGAGUCUUUGAAAUCAGUAACCAGGGAACCCAGAGAAAAGACACCAUCUAAUCACUUUCAUAGCAGAAGUACGACACCCACUGGCAGGAGAACACCCCAUCAGGGAAGAUUAACACCCUUUGAGCCAGAGAAGGUUAUGCAUCAAUCAUCUCUUAAUGAACAAAGAACCUAUGGCAGGAAGUCACCUGUACUUCCCGUCUCACACUUGACUGUGUCUAAGGAAACCAACUCAUCGUCUUACAUAAAAGGCAGAUUUUCAUCCACCUCAGGUAGUUCAGAGGACACAGUCCUCUUUCGCAACCAGAACGAUGAUGUUUGUAGCUCUGCAUCCUGCAGUAACAAUGAGGAAACACAGGAGAAAGAGAAUCUGUGCCUUAAAAGGACUCAAAAAUCACUUAAACCUUGGGAUCAAACAGCCUCUGUGACACUCUCCAGGAGAAACAGCAUAAUCCCAAGUGGCAGAAAAACACCAGCAGAAAGUUUUUAUGCAUUACUGGAUGCUGAAGCAAAGACUUCUCCUCCAAAAUCAACAUUAUCCAGAAGAUCUUCGCUAUAUGAAGAAAGCAAAAAGAGUGAUGAGGAGGUCCGAGAAAAAAUAGAGUAUGCAGAUGGCAAGGUAGAAGAGGUGCUUACUGAUGGCCGUCGAAUCAUUACUUUCCGCAACGGUACCAAGAAAGAGAUCAGUGCUGAUAAAAGGAUGACGGUGGUUACUUUUUUCAAUGGAGAUGUAAAGAAGGUCAUGCCGGAUCAGAGAGUGAUUUAUUAUUAUGCAGAUGCACAGACAACCCAUACCACUUAUCCAAAUGGCUUGGAGGUGCUGCAGUUCCCUAACAAUCAGAUAGAAAAACACCACCCAGAUGGGACCAAAGAAAUUGUGUUCCCAGAUCAGACAGUGAAACGCUUCUAUGAUGGUGGGCUUGAGGAAACGGUUUUUCCAGAUGGUACAGUAGUAAAAAUAGAAAAGAACGGCGAUAAAAUGGUGAUGUUCAGUAAUGGGCAGAAGGAGAUUCACACGUCACAGUUCAAGAGGAGGGAGUACCCCGAUGGCACUAUAAAGACUGUGUACUCCAGUGGCCAACAGGAAACAAAGUAUUCCUCUGGACGGGUGCGAAUCAAAGACGAAGAGGGCAACAUCAUCCUCAAUAAGAAGUGA